AUGUCUUCACCAACAUUAGGGCAUUCUGAAUUACAGGAGGUUCCGAACCGGUCCGCCGCUCGCUAUGAACCCAUCUGGUCCGAGACCGAAAGGCAACAACUACAGCGCAUCGCGACAAAUGAAUCAGCGCGGUCGGUCAAGCCUGGACAACAAACCGCUCAAAUACGCCCUGAAAUCGACCCACUGAGUGAUAAAUUCGACCUGGGCGAAUGGAUGAAAUUCAAGGUCCAGCAAUUCGAAGCCGGCGCCAUCAAAAAACGCCAUACCGGAGUAAUUUUCAAGGAUGUGUCUGUCCACGGCUCGGCGGCCGAAAUCAAGCUGCAGAAGACUGUGGGCUCGAUUUUGACCACACCGUUGCACCUGAAGGAGAUUGCUCAGAGUCGACGGCGGCACAAGACGAUUUUGCAAAACUUCGAUGGCAUGGUCAAAAGCGGAGAGAUGUUGCUCGUUCUGGGUCGACCUGGAUCUGGCUGUUCAACGUUUCUGAAGACCAUGUCGGCCAAUUACGAGGGACUAGGCUUAGGUCAAGGAAGCUACAUCAGCUACGACGGAAUCCCGCAGAAGGUGAUGAAAGAUGAAUUCAGAGGUGAUAUCCUCUAUAAUGGGGAAACUGAAAAGCAUUUCCCCCAACUCACAGUAGGCCAGACUCUCACAUUUGCCGCCGCGGCGAGAGCCCCGCGCAGCCGUGAGCCGGGCAUGUCCCGAAAGGACUAUAUCAACCAAGUGCGGGACGUUGUGCUGGCCGUGUUUGGUCUAUCACACGCAGUUCACACCAAGGUCGGUUCGGAUUACAUCCGAGGCGUAAGUGGUGGUGAGAGGAAACGGGUGUCCAUCGCAGAAAUGGCAUUGGCGGGUUCUCCGUUUUGCUGCUGGGACAAUGCCACACGAGGCCUAGAUUCGGCGUCGGCAUUUGAAUUCGUCAAAGCCCUGGAACUGAGUUCGCAGAUCUUUGGCACGACGCAUCUGGUUGCAGCAUAUCAGGCAUCUCAAGCCAUGUACGACAUAUUUGACAAGGUCAUUCUCCUGUACGAGGGUCGCGAGAUCUUCUUUGGCUCAACAUCUCGAGCCAAGCAGUACUUCGAGGAGAUGGGAUGGAAGUGCCCACCGCGGAAAAGCACGGGCGACUUCCUGACGGGUCUGACGAGCCCGCGCGAGCGAGAAGUGCGGGAAGGCUUUGAAUCUCGUGUGCCUAGAACAGCCGAAGAGUUCGAGAAAUACUGGAGAAGCAGUCCCGAGUUCCGCGCCCUCCAGGCCGAGAUUGCGGCGGCAGAAGAGAAAUUCGAGCGCGAGGGUACGACGGUGGAAGAAUUCAUCGAGAGCAAGCGGCAAAGGCAGGCCAAACAUACUCGGCCAAAGUCUCCCUAUACCAUCAAUAACGCGAUGCAAGUCAUGUUGUGCACGAAACGGGCAUACCAGCGCAUCUGGAAUGACAUAGCAUCAACCGCGACCACAAUCGGAGGCAACAUCGUGAUGUCGCUUAUUAUCGCAUCUCUGUUCUACGGAACCCCUUUUGGCACUCAGGCAUUCUUCUCCAAGAGCUCACUACUCUUUUUCACGGUCCUGCUCAAUUCGUUGCUUACAGUCACCGAAAUCAAUGCCCUCUACGCUCAACGCCCGAUUGUCGAGAAGCACGCUUCAUACGCCUUCUAUCACCCCUUUGCCGAAGCCCUUGCGGGAGUCAUCUCGGACAUGACGAUCAAGAUUGCCGCGAGUAUAAUCUUCAACACCAUAAUUUAUUUCCUGGGGGGGCUUCGAUACGAGGCCGGGCCCUUCUUUAUCUUCUUCUUGAUCAAUUUCACCGCACUACUUUCGAUGAGUAGCAUCUUCAGGACGGUGGCGGCCGCGUCCAAGACGAUCGCUCAAGCCCUUGCUGCAGCAGGCGUCAUCCUUAUCGCUGUUGUCGUCUACACCGGCUUUAUCCUCCCACGACCCAAUAUGCACCCGUGGUUCAAAUGGAUUACGUGGAUCGAUCCCCUUGCCUAUGCCUUUGAAGCGCUAAUCGUCAACGAGUUCCACGGUCGAAACUUCCCCUGUUCGAACGUCAUACCUGCAUAUCCAGGCUUCACCAACGGGUCGAGCAACACAUUCGUCUGUGGUGAGAAGGGCGCGAUUCCAGGCGAACUGUUUGUGAACGGAGACCGGUAUCUGGAAGUCAGCUUCGGCUAUAAACACGCCCACCUCUGGCGAAAUUUUGGGAUCCUCCUGGGAUUUUUAUUCUUUUUCCUGAUAUUGUAUUUGGUCGUCACCGAGUUUAACUCGCACAGCACUUCGACGGCAGAGGCCUUAGUGUUCAAGCCGGGCCAUAUCCCAGCAACUAUUCAGAAAGGCGUGGCGGAGAAAGGGUCCCACAGCGUGAUUGAGAAGCCUCAGGAACAGGAACCCGAGGACGAACUUGAUGCACUCCCCAAACAAGGCGACGUGUUCAUGUGGCGCAAUGUGUGCUACGAUAUCAAAUACCACAACGGAGACAGACGGCUACUAGAUGAUGUCAGUGGGUGGGUGAAGCCGGGGACUUUGACCGCUCUCAUGGGCGUGUCGGGGGCAGGCAAAACCACUCUGUUGAACGUCCUAGCCCAAAGAGUUUCUGUCGGAGUCGUCACCGGCGACAUGUUGGUCAACGGCAGCCCUCUCAAUGCGAGUUUCCCCCGUAGGACCGGCUAUGUACAGCAACAGGACCUUCAUUUGCAUACCUCGACCGUCCGCGAGGCUCUGAGAUUCUCGGCUCUCCUUCGACAACCGAAGACUACGCCCGUGGAGGAGAAGCAUGCCUAUGUCGAGAAAGUCAUUCGUAUGCUCAACAUGACCGAAUUCGCCGACGCCGUCAUCGGCGUUCCCGGAGAAGGAUUGAACGUCGAACAACGCAAACUCUUGACCAUCGGAGUCGAGCUAGCUGCAAAGCCAACACUUCUUUUGUUUCUGGACGAGCCGACGUCAGGCCUAGACAGCCAAUCCAGCUGGUCGAUUGUAUCAUUUCUUCGCAAACUAGCCGACAACGGUCAAGCAGUCUUAUCCACGAUCCACCAGCCGUCCGCGACGCUAUUUGAGCAAUUCGACCGGUUAUUGUUUCUAGCCCAGGGCGGACGCACCGUCUACUUCGGCGACAUUGGCCGCGACUCGUCUUUGCUGUUGGACUACUUUGAACGCAAUGGCGCGCGCAAAUGCGGCGCCAGCGAGAACCCGGCCGAGUACAUAUUGGAACUGGCAGGCGCCGGAACUUCCAACACAGCCAACAAAAUCGACUGGCCGGCCGUCUGGCGCAGCAGUCCUGAAGCCGCUGCGCUCGAGGCCGAGCUGGACGGUCUACAGCGGACAUUACUCGAAAAACACGCCCACGACGUCGACCGACCGGAAGACCAUGCGGAAUUCGCCAUGCCGCUCUGGGACCAGCUGGUAGCCGUGUCGAUCCGUGUGUUUCAGCAGUACUGGCGCACGCCGACGUACAUUGGUGGCAAGUAUACUUUGGGCAUAGCAUCUGCACUCUUCAUCGGGUUCUCCUUCUACCUCCCCGGGCACUCCAUCCAAGCCAUCCAAUCUAUGAUUUUCGCAAUCUUCAUGAUGACCGCCAUCUUCGCCGCGGUGGUCCAACAAGUAAUGCCACAAUUCAUCUUCCAACGAGACCUCUACGAAGUCCGCGAACGACCAUCGAGGACCUACCACUGGGUGGCAUUCAUGGUGUCCAAUAUCCUAGUCGAGAUCCCCUACGCUGUUCUGCUCGGAAUCAUGCUCUUCGCGGCAUUCAGUUACCCUGUCUUUGGAAUCGGGUCGUCUGAAACCCAAGGCGCGAUUUUGUUGUUUUGCGUCCAGUUCUUUGUGUUCGGAUCUACCUUUGCACAUAUGGUGGUCGCUGCAUUGCCGGACGCCGAGACAGCAGGCCAGAUCGCGACUCUGUUGUUUUAUCUCACGCUCACCUUCAAUGGUGUCCUGUUACCUUCCAAAAUGUUGCCGGGCUUUUGGAUCUUCAUGUACCGCGUCAGCCCGAUGACGUAUUUGGUCAAUGGGAUUGCGACCGUUAUCAGUGGGAGACCUGUCCGGUGUGCGAAAUCGGAGCUUGCGGUCUUUCAGCCAUUGCAGGGGACAACUUGUGCUCAGUACAUGCAGCGGUAUUUGGAGGCUGCGGGCGCCGCGGGCGGAUACUUGAAUAAUCCGGACGACCGAGAAAAUUGUCAGUAUUGUCAGUUACGUGUCACGGAUCAGUUUCUCGCGGAAAGGGAUAUUCAUGCUUCGGAUCGCUGGAGGGAUUUUGGUAUCUUGUGGGCUUUUAUCGGGUUUAAUGUCGUUGCGGCGGUUACGCUUUACUAUGUUUUCCGGGUCAGGGCGUGGGGGAGAAAGCGUUGA